AUGAUGUUACCGAGCCCCGUCACCUCCACACCCUUCUCUGUCAAAGACAUCCUCAACCUGGAGCAGCAGCAGGACCCGCACUAUGGGGCCCAGCUCCCGCACCACCUGGAGCACCACUUCCACCCCGCUGCCUGCCUGCUGGCGGCCGCCGACGGCGCCCGCUUCUCCGACGGCGAGGAAGAAGAGGAGGAGGAAAAGCUGUCCUACCUGAGCCCCAUGGCAGCGCCCGGCAACCAGGCGGACGCGCGAAUCUCUGCCGACAACUACGUUCACGCCGUGCUGCGCGGCUCCUGCGAGGCCCCCGGCCCGGGAGAAGAGCGACCGGCGGUCCGAGACCCAAAGAGCUGUGUGCUGAAGAAGCCGCUCGAUGCAGCGGAGAAGGCGGAGGAGACGGAGAGGCCGAAGCAGCGGAGCCGGAGGAAGCCGCGCGUACUCUUCUCCCAGGCGCAGGUCUUCGAGCUGGAGCGUCGGUUCAAGCAGCAGCGUUACCUGUCGGCGCCCGAGCGGGAGCACCUCGCCAGCAGCCUCAAGCUCACCUCCACGCAGGUGAAGAUCUGGUUCCAGAACCGGCGCUACAAGUGCAAGCGGCAGCGGCAGGACAAGUCGCUGGAGCUGGGCGGCCCCGCGGCCCCGCCGCCGCCGCGCAGGGUGGCCGUGCCCGUGCUGGUCCGUGACGGCAAGCCGUGCCUCGGCGGGUCGCAGGGCUACAGCUCGGCGUACAACGGGCCCUACUCCUACAAUGGCUUCCCCGCCUACGGCUACGGCAACGCUGCCUCCUACAACCCCGGCUACGGCUGCACCUACCCGGCGGGCACCGGCGGCGCGUCCAUGCAAGCCGCCUGCAGCCCUGCGGCGGCCGCCAGCCCCUUCGUGAACGUGGGCGGCCUGGGGGGUUUCAGCGGCGGCGGCCAGCCGCUGCACCAGCCGGCGGCGGGGCCUUCCUGCGGCCAGGGCGCACUGCAGGGCAUCCGGGCCUGGUAG